AGGAUUGGUAGGGAAAUAAAGGAAAAGGAAAAGGAAAAUGCCAACAUUGGAACUGUUUAUCUCUUUAAAAAUCUCCACUGUUUCUCACACACCAAACACAUAAUGGAAGAGGAAGAUAACCAAGUCCAUAACUUGACAGAAGAGAAGAAAAAAAGUGAAAACGAAGAAGUGAGUGUUGAGAGUAACGAUAAGAAGAAGAAGAAGAGAAGCAGUGAUGGGAAGCACCCAACGUAUCGCGGUGUGCGCAUGCGUAAGUGGGGGAAAUGGGUAUCAGAAAUAAGAGAGCCCAAAAAAAAGUCCAGAAUCUGGCUCGGCUCUUUUUCCACGCCAGAAAUGGCGGCUCGAGCCCAUGAUGUCGCGGCUCUCACUAUCAAAGGCACUUCUGCGUUCCUUAAUUUCCCCGAAUUAGCCUCACACCUUCCGCGCCCACUCACCACUUCCCCUAAGGACAUCCAAGCCGCCGCCGCCAAAGCUGCUGCACUCAACUUUGAGGCCCAAGUCGAAGCCCAGGCCCAGGCCCAGCUGAGCAUACCAAGUUCCUCCUCUGAGGUUGAGUUCCCUGAUCUUUUACUGGACUCAAGUCACAGUGCAGGUGAGUUUGAUUACUCGGCGCCGUGGCUAGUAGCCGAAGCUGAACAUCUAGACUUGGCUUUUCGGCUCGAUGACCCUCCUUUCCCUGCUUGGGGGUCUUACUAAGUUUCGUAAAAAUAACCUAUAUUCCAUGUAAAUGCUACUUGUCACUUUGUUUACAGAUAUAUUUAUACUUUUUUUUGUAUAUAACAAAUAAUAAUUUACUCUA